GUAACAUGAAGCCCGACUACAACAAUAGUAAAGACCAAAAGAAUCACCAUUUCCAUAGCAUUAUGGAAAAUGAGACAGGCCAGAUUGUGGCCCACAAAGCUGUCGCAACGUACUCGAUGUUAUGGGUGCUCCAAGCCGUGGCAACAAUAACAUUUACUCUACGAAUUAUAUCAAGAUAUUCUAUAACACGAGACGUAGGAUGGGAAGAUAUUAUAAUGGCCUUCGGUUGGGCAGUCAAUCUCGCAGCUACAAUACUCAUGACUCUAUCUAUUCACGCCAUUGUACACACCAAAGAUUGCACCGAGAACUUAAAAGCCAAGACCUCAGACGCUCACAAACUCUCCUUCAUCGCAGCAGCUCUUGUCCCCAAUGCAGCAUGGCUACCAAAGAUCUCUGUCGCUCUCCUACUUAGUCGGCUUUUACACCCUCGCGCCGUGGUAAAGGCUAUUCUUAUAGUUUCGUCGAUUGUCGGGUCUGCGGCUGGUGGUAUUGGAAGUGCGUUUCUCAUGUUUAUUCAGUGCAGCCCCAUAUCAGGGCAAUGGGAUCGGGAACGAAUCCAUCCCAAAUGUUGGAAUCCGCGUGUUAUGGUGAACUACUUUCUAGUAUGGACUGUGUUAUCAGCAUCCCUCGACGUCCUAUACGCAAUCUACCCAGCAACCAUAUUUUGGAAAAUGCGCCAACUACCCAUAUGCCGCAAACUAAUUGUCUCUAUCCUAAUGGGACUGGGACUUAUUUCUGCUGCUGUGGGGAUAUACAAAACGACAUUGACACCCCUUCUCCGAAAGCGUGAUCAAGGGAGUGAUAUUGCGCUUGUUUCGACACAUAUUGUCAUAAUUUGGUCUAUAAUUGAAGCUGAUAUUAUUAUUAGUGCGGCCUGUAUACCACUUACGAGGUCGUUUUGGCUGUUGGUGAUGAGUUAUGUAAAGAGUGCUUGGAAGUGUGUACGAACGAGAGUUGGAUUGGGUCCUCCUAUUGUGGAUCUCGACAUCGAAAGCAUUGAAACUAGGAGGGAUCAUGGGGGUUAUCUGGAGCUUUCUGGGAGUAUGAGGGAUGUGAAUGUUAUCGUGUCUGGGGACCCAGAACAACGUACGCCGUUUCGAGACGAGAUUGACGAAUAUCACCAGAUGAUGUCCUCGCGAACGCCGAUUAGAAGUUCGAUACAGGAGUACGUAGGUAGACUCUCUUUCGCAUGAAUUAACGAUGUAUGUAUCACGGUUACAAUGGAUACUUACGAAGUCAAUACUA